AUGGACACGGAGGAGCGGGCUCGCUCGACUAGUCGCUCGAAUUCGUCGGCCCGCGCGCAUGCGAUCAAGAGCUGUUUGAGGUUGUUCGGGGGAACCAUCUGUAGACGGGCUGGAUUGAAAGAGGUGCUGCCAUGUGGCGAUUCGCGGGGUGAUUCGGAUUGGCGGGAGUGGGACGCACUUGGGUCUGAUGUUGUGGUGAUGUCGUCGUCUGCGUCCGGAGCCAUAAGGGCAGUUUCCAAUUCGAGGAGACGGGAAGUGUUAGAGGAAGGAGUGGCGGCGGAAAGAUUGUCGGUUGAAGUUUGGUGUUCGAAUGUGUCGGCCAAUACGGUGAGAGUCUCGGUUUCGAAAUGGGUGGAGAAGGGUGAAUUGGGGGAGUUUCUAAAACCGAGUUUUAAGGAUUCGGAGAGCCUUGUGGGUAUGGAGGAGAACGUAGGAUGUGAAGAGUAG